AUUUCGCGUUUUCCCUUUGCUGUGGUGCUUUUACUUUGGUUGUAACUAAACGAGAGAGAAUGUUGGUCUACACUGACUUGUACAGCGGCGAUGAGCUCUGCUCCGACGCCUACGCCCAUUUGGCUCCUUUUGAGCAGGAAGAACUCUCCUCAGUCGCCUUCGAGGUCAAGACCUCCAAGGUUGCCAAGGGAAACGAAGACUACGGCAUUGCCUGCAACGACGAUGAAGAGGGAGGCAGUGGCGUCCCAGCUGACCCAAACGUCGAAAUGGUCAUUGAUGUCGUCGACGCUUUCAGGCUCCAGGAGAUACCCAUGACCAAGGCUGAGUACACUGGCUACAUCAAAAAGUAUAUCAAGAAGCUCACCGCUACCCUCGAAGAGAACGGCUCCGACCGUGUGGCAGUUUUCAAGGAGGGCGUCUCCGCAUUCGUCAAGCAUGUCCUCGCCAACUUUGGCGACUUUGAAUUCUACAUUGGCGAAUCCCUCGACCUCGAGGCCGGCGUAGUCUACGCCUACUACAAGGGAGAAGAAGUCUCACCCAGACUCGUCUUCCUCAAGGACGGUCUCAAGGAGGAUCGUUAUUAACUUUUCUAAC